AUGGUGACGCUUUCUCUUUUACAAACCCUUGCAUUCGUUUCGUUUGUUUCGGUAACCUCUGCUAAAGAUGUUACGUCGAACAUCAAAUUAUCCAAUCCUUCUGUCGUUGCCGCUCCCGGAUCGAACUCCUUCCCACACCAAGGCUGGGUUGCUACGCUGGACUGGUCUGUUGAUGAUACUUCUAAUGUCAAGGCUAAGGAUUAUUUCAGUAUCAGCAUGCCUCAUGUUUACAAAGUCAAAUUCAAUGAUGGUGACACUUCUUUUAAUGUUACCCUAGACAAUAAUGAAAAUGUCUUUGAAUGUUAUGCUCCACAACAGGCAGCAUAUAAAUACGACAGCACUACUUUACAAUGCUACGCUUUGACUGAUUUUUCCUCUUACAAAUCUCUUUCUGGAUCUCUAAAGACCACUCUAGUUUUAUCCGAUGGUGGUUCUGCAUACACUCCAGAAAUCAACAAUGCCAAGUACUUUUCAGCAGGUGAGGGUAAAAUCUCUUUCAACGAUCUGGAAGCCAGCAUCAACCUAGACGCUUAUCCAGAAACCAAUGAUUUCUACUUUUCUGGACGUUCCACUGCAUAUGGUUCGUUGGAGUCAUACUUUUUGGGAUUCAAGUGUCCCAAUGGAUACGUGUUAGGUGCUAAGCAACAAAUCCAAUAUGACAUCAACAACAAGGGCUACGGGAUUGACUGCUCGUCGGUACAAGUCUAUCAAUCCAAAAAUUACAACGACUGGUUAUUCCCAACUGAUUAUGAAAACUUGGAUGGUACUGUAUCUUGCGGCGAUAAUGAACUUGAAAUUACUGUGAAUAAGCUGGAACCAGAAUAUCGUGUUUGGGUUAAUGCCCUUCAAAGUCUUGAUAGUGACGUUGCAACGGUAAGAAACUCUGUUUAUUACGAUUACACAUGUACCAAUACUUUACAAAAUUCGACUUACACAACUAGCACCCACUACGUGCCUGUUUAUAUUAUUACUGAGGCAGUCUAUACUGGUGAAGCUAUUACAACUCUUGCACCUCAAUCCCAGGUUUCCACAUUAACAACUUCAACAGAUGUUUCUACCUUCGAGUUCGACUACGAGUACAAGUACGACUACGAGUUCUAG